UUGCGCCCAACCGUCCUCCCGCGUCUUCUCAAGCAGCAGCAGCAGCAAUUGCUGCCGGUGAGAACAAUAGCAGGAGGAGCAACAGAGGACCAACCAACAGUCUUAAGUCGUUGGUUGGUCAACAGGAGAUCCAAGAGGGUGAAUGUAGCAGCAGGGAAGGCAAGAUGACCAGAGAGAGAAAGGAGAGACAGGUGACCAGUGAGAGACAGGACUGAGUGCAGCAGUCCGGCAGGCAGGGGAGUUUCAGAUGAGCAGCAGAAACUAGGUAGACGAGAGGAGGAGCCAGCAGACAACAGGAUACUGAACGAGAGCUCCUCCUGAGUUGAGCUGCUGUGUGGAACUGUUCUCGGCUUCCUUCACUCCCAAACUAUGAACUAAAUCUGCACAAGUUACAGAUUUCAGCAAAAUUCGAGACAAGAUGUGUAAGUGCAGCCUGUGGGCUCUUCUGCCUCUUAUCUUCUCCAUCUUCACAGCUGCCGGACUGUGGAUGGUAUACUUUGUAGCUGUCGCAGAUGAGAAGAUUGUACCUCUGAGCUCCCAAUACAAGAGAAGAAAUGGAUCCAAAUCCUUAUAUGCUCCCUUCAUCAGUAUUGCAGGAAACUUUCCACCAGCCAGCUUCGUCUUCAGCGAGGUCAUGAACCUGGCAGCGUUUCUGGGCUUAAUUAUUGCCAUCCUCAGAUACGUUCAGCUGAAAAGAGAAAUAAAACAUUGGCUGAACGUCUGCAGUCUGGCGCUUUUUUCUCUCAGCUGCUUUGGAAUGACGCUUGUUGGGAACUUCCAGUUAUUCCUUGAAGAGAUGAUUCACAACUUGGGCACCUUCAUGACAUUUGUACCGGGAACGUUGGUCUGCUGGGUGCAGACAUAUAUCACUCUGAAAGCUAACUUAAAGAAUGAAGGGAAGACUGUCGGAAUCAUCCGCUUCCUGUUGUCGGCAUCCAUCACUGUCUGCAUGAUCCUCUAUUUCUCUCUGGUGUCUCAGCGCCUCCUCAUGGAGGCGUCACGAAGCCAGUGGGCUCUGGUCAUGUUCUUCCUCACCUUCAUCGGCACUUUUGCCAUCGAGUUUCGUCACAGCCGCUUCGGCAUCAAGCACACGGACAUUUGACCGCGCCGACUCAAGAUCCUCAAGUCCAGCUGAACGAGACGCACGUAUCUGACGAUGACGUUUUCAUUUCAUCUGAACAAAAAGUGUUUUUUUUUAAAGUCACACUAGUGUUACCGUUAGCGAAAUGAUCACUACUUCAUGUAUGCAUGUUUAAAAGUUAUAUAUUUUUAUUCAUAAACAUUUAAAAGUGACCUUUUUUU